UUUCUACCCGAUUUAACAUGCGCGAUGCACCGGAGGUACCGGUGUAUUUACAUCGUCUAAUCUUGUUUGUAAACCAAUGGAGUGACAUCAGCCAGCUGAGAUGCUGAACGAUCUUCCCCGAGAGGCUCUACUGCGGCCGUUGACCAGGACUGAAGUGGUGGGCUUGCUGUUGAGGCUGACUAUCUUUGGAGCAGCCACCUACUACAGCAUAAAAUGGGUUGUGGAAGCUAUGGACCCUACUGCAAAACAGAAAAGCCAAGCCAAGAAAAGGGCGGAACACCUAAUGAAGAGGAUUGGUGUUGAGGGGGUCAAACUUACUGAGUAUGAGAUGAACAUCGCAUCACAACUAGUAGAUCCACAAACAAUGAAGGUGUCCUGGAGAGAUAUAGCAGGUCUUGAUGAGAUAAUCAAUGAACUACAAGACACAGUCAUUCUCCCCUUUCAGAAAAGACACCUUUUGGCUGGAUCCAAACUGUUUCAGCCACCUAAAGGUGUUUUAUUGUUUGGUCCUCCUGGGUGUGGGAAGACCAUGAUUGCUAAGGCAACAGCCAAAGCUUCUGGCUGCAAGUUUAUCAACCUGCAGGCAUCUACACUGACCGAUAUGUGGUAUGGCGAAUCACAAAAGCUGACAGCUGCUGUCUUUUCAUUGGCAGUCAAACUCCAGCCGUGCAUCAUAUUUAUUGAUGAAAUUGAGUCAUUUCUCAGGAACCGCUCCAGCCUUGAUCAUGAGGCCACUGCCAUGAUGAAGGCUCAGUUUAUGAGCCUGUGGGACGGCCUGGAAACUUCCUCAGCCACUCAGGUGAUGGUCAUGGGGGCAACUAACCGACCACAAGAUGUAGAUCCUGCUAUCCUACGCAGAAUGCCAACCACAUUUCAUGUUGGCCUUCCUGACACAAAACAAAGACAUGACAUCUUGCGGUUGAUAUUAGCAGAUGAAAAUCUGAGCAGCACUAUUAAUCUGAAGGAGAUAGCUGAGAAGACAGAAGGCUACUCUGGCAGUGACCUGCGGGAACUUUGCCGCGACGCCGCCAUGUAUAGAGUUCGGGACUACGUCCGCAAGGAACAGAUGAGGCAGAUCGCUCAGCAGCUCGGGGAGGUCCAGGAGAAGGAAAAACCCGUGGAUGAGGAGAGAUUGCGUCCAAUCACCCAGCUCGACCUCCUGUUUGGCCUGGACAAGAUGAGGGAGUCCAAACGGGGUACGGCGAUUGAGUUACCCUCUGUGUCUGAGGUUCCGCUGGACUGAAUAUCUUUUAAGCUUGUGGGAUUUUUUGUUCUUAGUGAUGUCCAUCAGGUCCACUUUUUAUUUAUUUUUUUAAAUCUGUCUCUUGUAAAAGGAGCAAGAGGCAGCACUAGUUGUGCAGUAAAAUCUGCUAUCCGAGGCAUGCGCAAACAUUUGUCACUGCUCUGGCUAUCUAUGGCCCAAGUAGACCGUAAUAGAGCAUGUUUACUUAAACCUAAGACACACAAGCAGUAGAUACAAUUAAGUAUAACAAUAGUAGCAGAAGGGGAUAAUGUGUUAUGGUAAAAUGUACUUGCUAAAUCAUCAUACUGUUUUUCAGAAGAGACCCUCCAUGUAGGCUGUUAUCGCACAAAAAUAAAUUCUUCACACCAACAUUCAAUCAUAAGAGCUCGAUGCAGAGAACAUGAUGACCAUUGAUGCAUAUGAAUGAGCCGGCUGGUUUCUAAAUAGUGAUUCAUGGCAAGAACUAAAAGCCACUACGCGUUAUCGCUGAUCUGCCAGUGCAAUGAUUUUAUAUAAAUUAUCCUGCAUGAACAACAUUGAUGACAAGCGGUAUUGAGGAUCGAUGGCUAGAGGGAUGCAUAUCCUCGGUGAGAGACGGACAGUGUUAGACAAGACACUGUCUGUUGCUCUACAAUAGAAAUACAAAUAAGCAUGGGAGUUUGUCGUUCCAGAAUGGGCCCCACUCAGAAGAUAGACUUAUACUAAUAAGGUGGCAUCUGAGACAAGGGGAUUUUAAUAUCACUUUUAAGUCAGAAGGUGUUUUCAAGUUGCACAACUUUUAAAUGUCACAUUGAAUGCUGUGUUUCCUCCUGGUCCAAAAAUCAUAUUUAUAACUUAUAACAUUGAUUGCCCACACUUUGCGUUUCCCUUAUGUUCCCAUAAUUAUCUGUCUCUUUUAUCCAUAGUUGUUUCAUCAGUAAAGCAUUAUAUUAAUCGUUUAUCUAUUAAUUCCAGACAGCUCAAAUAUCACUUUUCAAAAAAGAGAAAAAAAAGGGCAAAAUAACUGUUAUACAUACAGUACUUCGACCAAACAAAUGCAACACGUGUGUUUGUUUGUUAGUCCUAUCCAGUGCUAUAAGCUAUCGACACAAAUGUGUGUUGAUUAAAAACCGCAUCACCAUGUCAUACUAUAGAUAAUUAUAUAUAAAAUCACUACACUUAAUCAUAUAAAUAAUAAUAAUUAUACAUAUAAACAUACAUUGGUCAUUUUCAUAUAAUUUGAUCAAUCACGGUAAAGAUAUAAGAAUAUUCUAAUUUAACUUUUUUUUUUUUUUUUGCGGCCUUGGUGUUAUAUGGGUAAAUGUCUUCCAUGCUGAAACAGCCACACUUAAAGUUCUAUUUUCAAAAGGUAAUUGACAAUUUACAUUUUUAGGCAUUCAUAGUAAAGGCAAUCCUUACUGACAGAGCAAAAGGUGGUGACCCACUGAAAUACACUUUUUGGAUAACGGUAAAGUUUUCCUGUAAACAGCUUCAUAAAAAUGAUGUGAGGCAAUUUACGUCUUACCCUUCAAGCCCUCUGAAUACAAGUGCAUAAAUUAUCCUAAAUAAUCAUUAAACCCAUUGCACUUUUGUCUGAGUACAAUCUGAAUAACGGUAAACACAUGCAAUAGUUCUGACACUUAAAAAAAUUCAUACAUACGUAUUAGAGCUUGGACUCGCCAUAUAAAUCCCAAACCGCUCUUCACAUUGAUGGUAACGAAUAACCGAAUCACAAUCGAAUUGUUACUCCUUGUACUAUUCUGAAAUAAGGACAUGUCAUUGUCCAACAAAUGAAAAAUCUAAUGAUUAUUUGAAAACUAUCUAUAGCUCCUGGUUAAAUCCUGGUCGCAGAUUUUGUCACAACACCAGAAAGGGAGUGCGCUGAUCCAUUUUUGCUGGCGCAUUUUAGCAACCGCUUCUCUCUCCGGAAAAAAGAAACUGUCAAAAUGCUUCUUUUUAAUUUAAAAUGGCUUAACGUUAAUCAGGAUCUCUCACCGGAUUGUGGCCGUGGUCUGUUUUGUGCUGUCUUGGUGCCGUAAAAUGCGUAAAUCCAUGCUGGCUGGCAACAUCCGCUUCUACUAAGCCAGUUAGUUAGCUUAGGUGCUCGUUAGCGGUAGCUAGCUAGCUCUCCCCAAUCAUCUGCCAACAUGUGUUGAAUGACUCUUGCAUAACUUUAUUCAUUUCAUUUGCCGUGGUCGCAGUUUGUCAAGCACAUCCGUGCAGUUCCUCAAGACAAUAGGACACCUCGUUCCACGGAGAUUAUCGUCUCGGAGAAGAAUACUGCUCUCCGUGAGACUACUUAUCUACGUGAACCGUUGCUACAACUCCAAAUUUGUGCAGGCCUAGUUAGUCAAAAUGGUGGCAGUAGUAAACAAAAGCAUUGCAGCUCUUGUCAGAAUAAAAUAUGUGCUUUGAUUUAUUUUUAUUUUGUUUUCAUAAGAAUGUGAAAAUUAUGAUUCGGAAAAUUAGUUUUUUUUUUAAGGAGAUCGCGAGUGAAUCCUAAUUGGCACUCAUUCGGUCAUAGUACUAAUAUUCAUUCAUGUCUCAGAAAUAGCACCAUUUAUUUUGCUGUCUUCUAUUGGGUUAAUGCAAAAUGGGUGCCUCAUUCAUCCUGGCACUUGAGCUCCCAAAUUGCUCUGGUGUAUUGCAGCAACAUAACGAGGCUCUCUCCAGUGGCUUUAAAAGUAAAGACAGCUUGAGUGACGAAGAAGGACCAUUUGUAAAAUAACCAGAAAAAGGAACUCUGAAGACAGAAGAUGCAUUUGUGUUAGGUUUCAUGGAAAAGACAUAUUAAGCAAUGGAGAAAAAUCCUAUAUAUCCAACAAUGUAAUUAGCGUCUUCAGAAAACGUUGAAAAUCCAUCCAUCCAUCCAUUUUCUGAGCCGCUUCUCCUCACUAGGGUCGCGGGCGUGCUGGAGCCUAUCCCAGCUGUCAUCGGGCAGGAGGCGGGGUGCACCCUGAACUGGUUGCCAACCAAUCGCAGGGCACAUAGAAACAAACAACCAUUCGCACUCACAGUCAUGCCUACGGGCAAUUUAGAGUCUCCAAUUAAUGCAUGUUUUUGGGAUGUGUGUUAGAGUCUCCUGUAGCUAGAAAUAAUUAUUCAACUGACCUUACAACUAGUUUGGGAUUAGAAAACCAACAAUCUUUCACAUUCACAUUUACACCUAAGGGCAAUUAUGAGUCUUCAAUUAACCUACCAUGCAUGUUUUUGGAAUGUGGUAGGGAACCGGAGUGCCCGGAGAAAACCCACGCAGGCACGGGGAGAACAUGCAAACUCCUCACAGGCGGGACCGGGGAUUGAACCCGGGUCCUCAGAACUGUGAGGCUGACGCUCUAAUGAAACUGUUUACUUUCGAAUAUUUUUUUCUGAGAAACGAUAACCUUUUGGUAGAUAACAACUGCCAAUAAUUCAAAUACUCAUAUCAGUAAAAUUAAUUGAUUUUCAAAAGGUUAAUUCAGCGGGUCAUGUCUUUACCGUUAUUGAUCAAACGAUACGAAAAUGACCAAUAUAUUAUGUAUUGCUAGUAAGCAGUGAACAACAGAUCACACUUUUACGUCAUCAAUAAUGAUUUGAGAAAUUGUGCUGAUCUAAUUAGUGUUGGGUGGCAGCUCAGCACUCUGCUUUAUCUUUGGAUUUUGAAGGGAAAUUUUAGGAGUUUAAAUGCAGCGCUAUUUAAGCAAUUUGGAAUAUUCAUUUUUAUGUUGAAUACACCUAUUCAGUCAUCAUAAUGUAUCAUUUCAUGUUUUUGCAUGCAUUUACAAACAUUUCUGAAUUUUCAUGAGCAUGUUUGUCUCUAAGCAAGCAACUUGGGGCGCUAAAGUUGAAGUUCUUCUCACCAAGGCAGGUUGACAUUUGGGUGUAGCUGUUUUUUUUUUUUGUUAAAGGUCUCCUCUAGCAUUAAGGUGACAAUGAGCCCAAUAUGUACCACUGGUUUUUGCUUCUGGAUUCAUUUAUUUAAAGUUAGGUAUCUCUGUGGCUUCAUUGGAAUACCACGCAUGACAGUUAAAUUCCAAAAUGUUACCAUUCACCAGGAACAGUGUCAGUCCAAGUACAAACCUCACUUCCAGUGCAGUUGUGUAAAAUGUAAAUAAAAACAGAAUACAAUGAUCUGCAAAUCCUUUUCAGCCUACAUUCAAUUGAAUACACAAAGAUAAGAUAUUUUAAUGUUCAAACUAAUGAAUAUUACUGUUUUUUUUAUUUUUUUGGCAAAUAUUUAGUCCUUUUGAAUUUCAUUCCUGCAACACUUUCCAAAAAAGCUGGGACAGAGACAUGUUUACCAUUGUGUUACACCACAUUUCCUUUUAACACCACUCAAUAAGUGGUUGGGAACUGAGGACACUAAUUGUUGAAGCUUUGUAGGAGGAAUUCUUUCCCAUUCUUGCUUGAUGUACAAUUUCGUUUUUAUUUUGUUUUGACUUUUCUUUUGCAAAUUCAGUUCGUUUUUAUUUGUUUUUAGAGCAGGUUUGUUCGUUUACAUUUUUCUGAAAAUGCUUUGUUUGAGUUUUUAUUAGUUUCAGUAUUAGUUUUUUUAUAUUCAGGGUAUUUGUCAAGUGUGAGAUGAGGAAAAAAAAAGAUCACAAUGAGUAUUGUGUAAAUAAAACUCAACAACAAAUACCAUUUUUAUUAACAAUUUAUUAACUUUCUAACAGAUGACCAACCGCCCACAAAUCAAAUACAGGUACUGCAUAACAGUCCACAGAAUUUGAAGUGCAAUAAAUGCAGUGCAUAAUUGUCACGAUAUGUAAUCGUAUGGUAUAGGACUGGAUCCAAAAGCAGACAGAGGGAUUCGAAGAGAGUGGUUUAUUUUGAGGUAAUUUAGGGUUAUAUUUCUAAUGUGUGAUGGAGAUCCGUGGGAGCAAGGAACGGGCAGGAGGCGGGAGCGUGAGCGGGUGGAAGAGCUGGACGGUGUAGUUGGAGCGGGCAACGAAGCGGGAGACAUGGGAGGAACACUUGAAGCGGAGAGGAACGAGAGAGAGAGAGGCAAGACACGGCACAAAGCACCACCCAAGCUCCAAAAAAGGAACCGCAGGUCACAGAUCAUGACACAUAAUUCCGCUGCUAAGAUUAGGUUAGAUGCAUCAUAACGUACAGUAAAACCAUUCAUGAGACACAGGGUGUAGUAUGGGCUUUUUAAAAAUGUGUUUAUGUUUAGCUUUAAAAAAAAAAAUCCUUAUGUGCAUGUUUUCCUUCCCUUGUUGCUAAAUUGCAAACUUCUGAUGGGUAGAUACGUUUUUUGUUUUUUUUAAACGUUCUCAUUUUUAUUUUGUUUACAAAAAUGUUUUUUCAAUUUUAGCUUCAGUUAUUUUGUUCAUUUUCAUUUACUACUGGAUACACUUUCAAGAGGUUUACCUCUUUGUGGGCAAGAGCGUGAGAAAAGAGUUGAACAGUUUAAAGGACAAUGUUCCUCCACGUACAAUUGCAAGGAAUUUAGGGAUUUCAUCAUCUAUGGUCCAUAUCAUCAUCAAAAGUUUAAGAGAAUCUGGAGAAAUCACUGCAUGUCAGCAGCAAGGCCGAAAACCAACAUUGAAUGCCCGUAACCUUCGAUAGGUUUUGGAGAAGCAUAUGCUGCCAUCCAAGCAACGUCUUUUUCAUGGACGCACCUGCUUAUUUCAGCAAGACAAUGCCAAAGAGUGUAGUAAAAGAGUGUGGGUACUAGACUGGCCUACCUGCAGUCCAGACCUGUCUCCCAUUGUAAAUGUGUGGCUCAGUAUGAAGUGUAAAAUACAACAAUGGAGACCCCGGACUGUUGAACAGCUGAAGCUGUACAUCAACAAGAAUGGGAAAGAAUUCCACCUACAAAGCUUCAACAAUUAGUGUCCUCAGUUCCCAAACGUUUAUUGAAUGUUGUUAAAAGAAUGAUGUAACACAGCGGUAAACAUGACCUUGUCCCAGCUUUUUUUUUUUUUGUUACAGCCAUAAAAUUCUAAGUUAAUGAUUGUUUGCUGAAGACAAUAUACCUUUAACAUGAUGUGCAAAUGAUUUGUUUAACACAACGUCCCAACUUCAUUGGAAUUGGGGUUGUACAUUUAAAAUCAAAUUAAUUGACAAAUACGAAAAUUAAGGACAUUUUCACGAUAAUUAUAGUUUGUUAGUUUUACAAAUGUAAAAUGUUGUUUUAGUUAUUUUUUGAAAACAUUCUCGUUUUUAUUUGUCAUUUACGAAAAUGUAUUUUUCACAUUUUAGUUUCAGUUUAGUUCAUUUUCGUUUACUAUAAUAACCUUGGUACUCACACUCUUUUACGACGAAGCCACGCUGUUGUAACAGAUGCCUAAUGUGGCUUGGCAUUGUCUUGCUAAAAUAAGCAGGGACGUCAUUGCUUGGAUGGCAGCUUAUGUUGCUCCAAAACCUGUAUGUACCUUCCAGCUUUAAUGGUGCCUUCACAGUUGUGCAAGUUACCCAUGCGAGGGACGCUAACACACCCCUUUACUAUGAUGGAUUCUGGCUUUUGAACUUUGCUCUGAUAACAAUAUGGAGGACAUGACGUCUAUCAUUUUUAAAAACAAUUUGAAAUGUGGACUCGUUAUACAACAGCAAUCCUUUCCUCUUUGCAUCAGUCCAUCGCAGAUGAGCUUGGACCCAGAGAAGCUGGCAGCGUUGUUGGGUGUUGUUGCUGUAUGGCUUUCGCUUUGCAUGGUUUUAACUUGCAUUUGUAGAUAUAGCGACAAACUACAGUAUGUUAACUGACAAUGGUGUUCUGAAGUGUCCCUGAGCCCUUGUAGCAAUAUCCUUGACACAAUGAUGCCGGUUUUUAAUGCAUUGCCGCCUGAGCGAUCUAAGAUCAUGCUCAUUCAGUGUUGGUUUUCCCCCUUGCUGCUUAUGUGCAGAGAUUUCUCCAGAUUCUCUCAAUCUUUUGAUGACACAUAGGACCAUAGAUGAUGAAAUCCCUAAAUUCCUUUCAAUUGUACGAAAUAUUGUUUUUAAACUGUCGAUUAGUUCACGCAGUUCUCCACAAUGUGGUUGACCUUGCCCUAUCCUUGCUUGUGAACAACUGAGCCUUUCGGGAUGCUCCUUUUAUACCCAAUCAUGAGAGUCAAGUGUUUCCAAUAAACCUGUUCAAAUGUGGAAUGUUCCAAACAGGUGUUUUUGGAGCAUUCCUCAAAUUUCCCAGUCUUUUGUUGCCCCAGUCCCAAGCUUUUUUGGAAAGUGUUGCAGGCAUCAUAUUCAAAAUGAGUGAGUAUUUGCAAAAAAAAAAAAAAAAAAACUUUUAACGUUCAUCAGUUUGAACAUAAAAUAGCAUGUUUGUAAUGUAUUUAAUUGAAUAUACUGUGGGUUGAAAAGGUUUUGCAAGUAUGUGUAUUCUGUUUUUAUUGAGGUUUUACACAGCAUUCCAACUUCAUUGGAAUUGGGGUUUGUAUUUGAGAAAUGCCUCAUAAUGUGGGUUGAUCAUUUAAGUUAUUUCUUUGAACGCAAUACAUUGUCUUCUUGGACAGAUCGUGUUUAUGAAUUUGACCACAAACUGUAUAAUGUAUAUAUUGAUUACAUCGUUCAAAGAAGAAAUUAAAUGUAACCUCAGUCAUUGCUUUGUGAAUAUGUCAAAGCCCCAUUGUAAUUGAGUAAACAAAGUACAAAAAUAA